UGUGUGUGUUAAGCCCUCGGAGGCUCGUGGCAGAUUGGUAGUUGAGACAGUCAUGGCGUCUCGGAUUUGAUCGAUCUUGCGACCGGAGGAGAAAUGUGAGCACUCUGCUCUUGCUGAAUUUUCCCUCUCCGAGCGAGGUAUCCUUGGGGCAGAUGACUUUGAGGCUGGGGAUCGAUGCCUCAAGAACUCAUCCUCGAGAGUUGGGUCUUCCCGUGCCUCAUGAAUCUGCGGACUGCGGUAAUCGUUGUCCACAUUCUGAAGAUUUCUGGUUAGUUUGCUUCUGUUCUCAAAAACAUUAGAUAGAUUUCUUGUGACUGACGAUUCUUUGAUGAAUUUGUAGUAGGAUGACUUCAUAGUUCAAAUACUAUUCUGUUCCAUUGUCUUCGAAUACAGAUUGACUUGCCUGCUUAGAUUGGCCGGUUGGAUCCAUUUGUCUUCAAGUUGUGGUUAAAUUGAAUGUUAUGGUCGAAGCUUGAUCAGUCUCGCUGCAAACAAUCAGGAUUGCCCAUCAGGUUCUGGUUAGUACACUCGAUCAAUCUCAAUCUAAGCAGUUAGGAUUGUCGAUCAGAAACAGAAGAUACCGGUCGAUGCUCGAGCAAUCUCAAUGAAAGCUAGUAGGCUUUGUUGAUCAGAAACGAGAGUUUCUGCUAUACUUUCACUCUAUCAUUAACCCUAGCUGACAUUGUCCUCAGCACUCACACUCUUUUUUGCUAAUCCUUUGUUCUAAGGGGCGUAUGGUAACGUGUCCGGAUCGGACAAGGGUUGAUCCCUAAGGUGUCACUAUCUAUGGUAAUCCUUGCUAUGUACCUUUCACCAUGUAUCUGUUGAACCUUUCUCCAUUUGAAAUGGGACCACCGUAGGGGGGCGGUGAUUUCAUAUUUUUUUUUCGUCGCUAAUCCUUUAAACUUGCGCAUCUCAUCUCGGCCGACUGUUCUCUUCUUCUAGCUGUCCAACCAAAAUAGAAAGGAUUUUUUGAAAUUUAAGCUUCCCUCUUAUCCCAAUAGGAUAAAUAGGCCAUACGGAUUCGUUUAGAAUCCUAUCCCCCAUCUUUGUCAAGUUGUCAUUGUACGAUAAGGCCCACACACUCCCAUCCAAAGUCCCACUUCAUCGUACCGGGGAAUCUCCCCUAAACCCUAAACGCCAGUAACUCUUUCUCACAAUUCUCACCUAUUUUUUAUCCUCUUCCAUGAACUCCAGUGGCUCGAGACCAUCCGGUCCGAUGGGAUCCGAUGAACCGGUUCGACUAACUCAACUCGGAGAUGGGAGUGCUACUGACUUGGCUCGACCAUCCAAUUGUUCCAGUUCAUUCGGACCAGAUCAGCCGGUUGGACUGAUGAACCUGAAAAAAGAAAAAGAGUGGCGGAAUGAAAAGCAGAAUGCCAUGCUGUCCCUGUUGCCGUCUUUUGUUUCCAUUCCAUUUGUUGCUUUCACCGCAGUAAUCUUUGUCUGCCAUCGUCAGCCGUUCCACGAAGCAUCUUUCCUUCUCUCUCUCUCUCUCUCUCUCUCUCUCUCUCUCUCUCUCUCUUUCCCUCUAUAUCAGCGCGUUCGGCUCCCUCCUCGUCGCAAUUCUGUUCCCCGCCCCUUCCUCUGCUCGCCGGAAUCGGACAUGAGUAGGUGGCUCCGGCGGCUGUGGAGCGGCAGGGAGGCGAAGGCCCCCGGCGGCCAGGAGGAAGCCACGGAGAAGAGGAGAUGGAGCUUCUGGCGGCCGAGGGAGUGCCUACCCUCCGCCGCCCGCCGGAAUCCUGCGCCAGCUUUCUGGGCGAAGCGCUCCUCCGACGAGGACGAGCAGAGCCACCGCGCCGUCGCGGUGGCCGCCGCGGGACUCCCGGCGGACGGCCACGGGACGACGCUGCGUGCGGCGGCGGUCGUAAUCCAAACAGCGUUCAGGGGAUUUCUGGCGAGGAAGGCACUGAAAGCACUCAAAGCGUUGAUCAAGCUGCAAGCUUUAGUGAGAGGCCAUCUGAUACGUAAACAGGCAGUGACGACGCUUCGCAGGAUGGAAGCUCUCGCUAGAGCGCAAGCCACCACCAUUCGAGCUCGAAGAUCCUUAGAACGCCUAUCCUCGAGCUUCGACAGCUCCUCGAAGAUUGUCGAGAUGGAUCUCAAUGCAUACCACGCGAGACGCUCCCCUGCUCUUGGCCUUACGGAUGACUCUCAACUUCUGGCAUUCUGCUCACCGGUUCCACGUCGAAUCGCAAUCCCAAACCGAAAAAACUACCACCAAGAGAAUGAUUAUGAAUGCUGGUACGCGGAAAAUGCGAAAGGCCGAUUGCCUGCCACCGCACACAACACGCCCAAGUACAUGAACGUUUACGGCAAUGGAGGUGGAUUUGUUCGGGCGAAAAGUGUGGCGAGCUCGCCCAAGUUUAUGGCAAGCACACAAUCCUCUAUGGCAAAGCGUUGGUCGUGUCAAGGUAGAAUUGAGGAGUCGAGAAGGAGGCAGCCUUUGAGUGAGGUGAAUUCUUGUUGUCAUGUCGAAGAAGAGGGGUUUAGUUUCAAGAGCGUAGUGGUUGGAAGGCUGGAGAGGCCUUCUUCAGAGCACUUGGUGAAAAAGAAUUGAUGAUACAAUUGCUUCAAUAUCAAUGGUGUUUGUGUAA